CCCACGGCUCACGGAGACAAGUGAACGAGUUCGCUCAAAAUUCAAAAACCAAAAAAUUCUCUCGUAGACACGCCGCCGCCUCCUGCUCCGGCCCCGCCGGCUUCUCACCGUCGAGACCAUCGACCGUGGCGCCGCGCUUCUCGUCGUACGCCCGGCGAGCGCCGCGCUGGUUCCCGUGAUUCGAUGGACGACUGAGUUAACGCCAUCCCUGUUUGUUAAGCCCUAGGCCACCCGCGAUCGCGGCGCUUCUCCACCGGCAGAGUGAGCAUGGACUCCCUUCAUCUCAUCCACGUGAAGCUUCUAGCCGCCGACCUUCUCUCGCUAACUGCCCGACACACAUCGCCGCCUUCCUUUGUUCGCUGUGGCCGUACCGUUGCGCGCGCAGAGGUCGUCGGGGUUGUGGUUUCGCGUGAUCGCAGGGAGAAGUUUCUCCGCUUCCUGGUUGACGAUGGCACCGGCUGUGUUCCAUGUGUCCUCUGGCUGAACCACCACUACAUGAAUGCAAACAGUCCAUCCGGGGCAGUGGAUUCUGAUCCAACUGGAGAAAUGGCGUUGAAGAUGUCGGAGCUGGUGCGCCUGGGCACUCUGUUGAGGGUUCGAGGGAGGAUCGUCAUGUACCGUGGAGCAACCCAGAUUUCUGUUAGAGACGUGGUUCUGGAGAAGGACCCUAAUGUGGAGGUUCUACACUGGUUGCAGUGUGUUCACUUGGCCAAGGAAUGUUAUGAUUUACCACCGCCUUCUGCUUGAGGUCUGCAUGUGAGGAUUUCAUGCUAUGUAAUGAUCACAGUCUACAGUGUUUCUUACAAGGCGAUCCAGUGUCUUUAUGACAAACCUUGUUAAUUAAAUUUAUUUUGAGGUUGAUUGUGUUUGAUUUACUUCAUUUUAAAACUAGUGUCAUUGGCAACUGCCUUAUGACUUAUGAGGUCUAACGCAGAGGCUCCUAGUGACAGGACAACUGCACUUCGGGCGAAGUAAUGUGUGGAUAUUGACUCUGAAUGGAUAGUAUUAUAACUGGCUUCAUAAAAUUUACAUUCCCGUUUGAGAAGUCAAUAUAUCUGGCAACAAUGGUGAAUUCCCAGGAGGAUGCAAACAAAGACGACUAAAUGAGUUAGAAAGAAGUUAAAUAAAAGAAGCACCAGUUAGAUAUCUAUUCAUGAAAUUAUAGAUGGGGAGCUCUAUUGUGAUUUGAAUCAUCAACUCAAGUUAUAGUUGGCCAGGCCCAGAUUGUUGGUGGCAAAGACACAAAAGGCCUGAAUGAAAAUAAAUCACCAGGGAUAGAUAUCAUUUAUCUGGUUCCCGAUACCGGUUCUGUGGACAGAGGUAGCAGACCAGAGAGGACUAAAGCAAAAUACAAUUCAUAGGCCUUGAUUCCUGCCAGCUGCCAGAGUAUUAGAAAAGGUACUAAGGAUGAUGUCUACAGCGAAGUUAUUAAUUCACAUUCACAUCAUAGAUAAUUUUCUGUUGAUUAUACAUGUUGUUGUGCGUAUCUGCACAAUAUCCCCUUAAGAUCAUAUGUACAUUGUUGCUCCCUGAAUAUAGAGCUAUUAAUUUUCUCUUUCACAGUUCUGACUUCUGAAUAAACUUGUGUCUUAUUUGGAUUCAACAAUGUUUACAAAAAUCAAUUAAUCAUGUACUAGUAGUUUGGCAUCAUGGAAUUUGAUUCAUUCUCUGCCAGCUAGCCAUAACUUCUGAUCUUGGACAGUAGACUAAUGUAAACAUGUUUCGUAUUCAAGGUAUAUACAUAUUUGCACGCAGCGGUCAAAACUAGUACUGUUCUUUCAUCUCGAUGGCGUGGGGUCUGAGGGUCUCACCAUCAGUCAUAUCCUCACUAGUAACACUUAUGGAACUUGUAGACUUCAGUGCAAA